UGUACUUGACGGGCAUCAAUCCAAUUCAGCAUCAUGCCGAGUAUUGCAUGAGCAAGUCCAUCAGAGACUCUUCUGGAACACUUGCUGCGAGAGCACAUGAUCUCGACACAAACACUCAAUGCGAGAUCCGAGGAGGUGACGCUGGACGUAUGGCAUACCUUUCAGCAGACAGAGCCAGUACAAGCUCGCUCAAUGAUGGCGCAGCGCUUGUUUGUGCUGGCCCACACAUGUCGGAGACCGUAUGUCCAAUUGAGGCCUCCCAUCAACGUCUGAUAUGACUCGUUUGAUCCCGCAUCUGCUCGAGUGCAAGCAUCGGUGUUGUCAUGGUUGCAGAUCGCGGUCCCAAUUGCUGCCUGUGGGAUCAAUUGCACGUACGUCGCGGUCUCUGGCAGCUAGAUCGUCCUCGACUAGCCACCGACAAUACACGUAUCGACGACGCUUCCCUGCCAUAGUUUACCUGGGUGCUCCCCCAAUGCCGACCGAGCUCUCAAUGGCUGCGUCUGUCAGACGACCAGCGCCUGGCUCUCCGGUCUUGUGUGAGGUCUUACUCAGUGCUCUUCUGACUCUUGAGAGAGCAGUCUACUCUACUGGGAGUCGGUCAACUGGAUCGCGACCCCUGAUAUCGCCAACUUGCGCUGAGGCAGUCACAAAGGCAGUCACAGGUCAAGGUCGCAGUACAAAAGAAGACUACACAUGUUCCCCUCUCUCUUGUCAGGAAGAGCUGGAGAGGCGAGGUCGGCAGGCAUGCUAUUGUACAGUCGAGGACACUUUGUCAUGAGAGCAGCCUUAGGGCCUCACAGAUGAAGCACCAAGCAUUCGUUA